AUGAGUAUGAGAUAUCUCAGACUCAUACUCGAUAGUAAAUGGACGUUCGAAGCCCACUUCACUGAUAUGGCACCCAGGCUGGAGAGGAUGGCAUUAAACCUCAGCAGAAUACUCCCAAACUUGGGAGGGCCCAACAACAAAGUCAGGAGACUGUAUGUACAAGUCGUGGCAUCAACUGCCCUAUAUGAGGCCCCAGUUUGGGGCUACGAAAUUAGUAAGAGCAGGAAAACACUGCGGACAUUGAGGCAAGCACAAAGGAGAAUUACCGGAAGGCUCAUAAGAGCGUACAGGACCACUUCGUGGAUAACUAACUUGACAUUGGCAGGGAUGCCACCUUUCGAGCUAGAAGCUAAAAGAUUAGAGGAAGCAUAUGAAAGGAUAACGGAGAUAAGGAGAAUCACCCCUGCAAAUACUCCGAUUUCGAAACCGACAAUAGACGGAAUCAAGGAUGAUUCAAAAAGGAAAUUAAUCAGAAACUGGAAGCAGUGGCUACAUGACCACGAACAAGGAGAAGACGAGGUCAUUGGAGCGAUCAACGAACAGCUGGAUGGCUGGCUGGAGGCCAGGGUGGGGCUCUCCUUCCGGGCGACGCAGAUACUGCCCAGCAUGGACAGAAGAGAGAAGAACCUUAACGGAGGAAAUAGGAUUGGACCUAACUUGGCACGCGGUCAUCGAAGCCAUAAGAAGAGAGGAGGGCAAGCGAGCAUUCCUCGAAUUCUGCGAGGCGGUGAUGACCAAGAAGGAGACCUUGGAACGAGACAGGAGGAUCGCACCUAUGACUAA